AGGGCCCCAUCCUUCCCCCACCGCCGCCCGAACCUGAGAGCGGGACCCGGCCCAGGGAUCGGCGGCGGGCGCUACAGACCUAGCGCCAUCACCCGCCGCCCGGGCGCCCGCGUCUGCGCCUUCCCCGGGGCCUAGUCAGCGGCGGCGGAGCGGUCGAUGGCCCGGCGGCGGCGGCAUGCGGAUCCUGUUCCUGGCGGUGCUGCGGCCGCACACCGGCAAUGCGGUCACUGCCGAGCGCGUCCGGGUCCAUCUGGAGGCAGCAGGACAUGUGUGCAUUCUGAAAGAUGCCUUUGACUUUGAGAGCCCAUCUGAAAUUGCAAACCUCAUUGAGGCUGAGAAGUGUGAAGCUGCCUUGGCCCUUCACUUGUACCGGGGAGGCCGACUUGUGCAAGGUCAUGGAAUCCCUUUUGGAGUCAUCUUUGGUGGAACUGAUUUAAAUGAAGAUGUCAACCAGGGAGAAAAAAGCAAAGUGAUGGGAAAGGUUCUUGAGGAGGCCAGAUUUGCUGUCGCUUUCACAGAGUCGAUGAAGGAAAUGGCACAAAUGCAGUGGCCACACGCUAAGGAUAAGAUCUAUGUCCAGAGUCAAGCAGUCUUAUCACAGUGGACUUUGUCUUUCUCUUGUUCCUUUGAGCCAGGAAUUACCACAACACCAAAUGCCGCCUUUAACUGGAGCACCUUUCUUCAACGUGCAGAGAUUAACCAAAGUGCUGAUAAUUUACACAUAUUUCUUCUGGUGUGUGGCCUCCGACAAGUCAAAGAUCCUCUUUAUCUGGUAGAUGCAUUUUCAGAAUGGCACCAAGAAGAGCCCAAUAUUUACAUGGUAAUUGUCGGUCCCGAGGUUGAUCCUGUGUUUACAAAGGAAGUAAAAGCCAAAGUGAAAAGCUCCAUACCUAUGAGGGUCCUGCAAGUAGACCCUCUCCUGGUUCCAUGUUGUUUCAGGGCCACUGGGGUCCGGCUGAUGGGAGAGAUGCCUCAGGCAGACCUCCACGCAGCUGUGAAGAAUUGCUUCGCUGUGGUGAACAGCUCCGUCUCCGAGGGCAUGUCAGCUGCAAUCUUGGAGGCCAUGGAUUUGGAAGUCCCGGUGUUGGCGAGGAACAUCCCCGGGAACGCUGCCGUGGUGAAGCACGGAGUGACGGGGCUGUUGUUUUCAGAUCCUCAGGAGUUUGUUCAGCUGGCAAAGAGAUUGGUUAGUGAUCCUGCAUUAGAAAGAGAAAUUGUGGCCAACGGGAAGGAAUACAUUCGAACACACCACUCGUGGCAGGUGGAGCGAGACACCUACCAGCACCUCCUUAGGAAGCUCGAGGGAAGCCUGGAGGCCUGAGGGACCACAGCUCCUCUGGUACCUGGCCUGGGAUGCACAGCUCUAGGUGAACACCGGGGAUGGGGUCCAGGCAGCUUGGCUCCGGUCCAGUGGAAACCACACCAGUCUAAGCAGAAUCACAGAUGCAACGGCUGUGAGUCCCCAGGGGCACCAAGUUCAUCCCCAGCCCUUCUGUGCAUUCUGGCCCCAUCUCAGGUGUCUGCCUGUCAUCCUGAAGGAGGUGCAGGAGCUGAUGGGGGCAGGGAGGGCUGACUGGCUCCCAGGGAUUGAGGAGAGAAUUUGAUUACCUGCUCUGGGACUCUGGAACAGACCAUGGAGACUUAAUUUCAAGUAGUCACAGUUCAGACCUCCUGGCCUGUCUUCUGAGUGACUCGACCCAUCCUUGCCAGUACCAAAAGCAAAAAUCAGAAGUGUCAGCUGAGUGGAGACCUGGUGGCAUUUCUGCCAGGACCUCGGGGCCCUGAUGAGCACAGGGUGGCCCCAGGCUUCUCUUAACUCCAGAGAGUGAUGAGGUGUGCUUCCGAGAAUGUCACCAGCCUGCCCUUGUGAGCAAGGCUAAUCUCUCAGUGGAAUUUAUGCUGAAAACCAUGUUGGAUUGAGCCCACCUCAUUGUAGCCCAGAAAAUACUUGAGUGACCACAAGAUGGGGACUGAGGCUGGAAUCAGGGUGGGCCCCCUUCCCCUCCCAGCAUCAGGAACUGGGGGUGAGAAUCAAACAGGCCACCAGCCUCCAGACCAUGGCAAGACUAGGACUCAGGUCCGUAGGAUGCUACUGACAACACAGCAAGGUGUGCUCAGGAGUCAAACCAGCAGUCACUGUCAUGGUGGCCUGCCACAGCAGCCAGUCCUCCCUAAAAGCAGUCUUCAUCUUUUGGUGGUGUAAAAAGCUGGGAGAAUCUCAUCAAAUCCCAAAACCUUGUGAGCCAAUGGACAUUCAUUACAACAGAUGAGGACUGACACGUUCCCUACCUCUUGUGAGGCAGAAAACAGUUGGCUUUGAUGGGGGAUGAAGUGACGCCACUCAUGGACCCCCGAGGAGGAGGAAGGUGUUUGGGCUCCUCGACCCUCUCGUAGGAGGAGGCGAGGGAGGAAUGACCUCCAGUGCCAUCCAUGCUGGAGGCUUUACAACAUCUUGGACUUUUUGCUUUAUAACCAAUGUGUUUUUAAAAAGUGGCAAAACUACAUCUUGAUUUUAAAAGAAACAGCCUCACAUUAGACAACUUAAGCUCUGAUUCCUUGGGCAUGAGAACAGUGGAUUUGGGUUCCAUCCCAUGUAAAGUGAUGUUUCAUUCUGUUGCCUCAAGAGCGAGAUAGAAGCAUGUUCCAGAAGGGCAGCAUUUGGAAACAGCAGAUUUGGUGAGAUGGGGAGCCCUGCUGAGCAAUGGCCCCCACUCUUUUUUUUUUUUUUUUUUGGUCUCCGAGGGUCCCCAAGGUCAUGGCUUCAUAUCUAGGCCUGGGGAGAGAGGGAGGGAGGACUCCUAGGAGAAUGGCUCCAUCUGCAUCUGGAAUUCACAGGGUUGCCCAAAGAUAAGGCACCAACAGGUCUGGCAUUAUCUCCGAUCCUGUCCAGGGAUGCUGCUAUUUAGAAAAUCCCCAUCAUCUGGAAGCUUGAAUCUGUUCUUCUUUGGUGACCUUACAGACACUUGACCACCACUGCACCUCACCGUCACCGGCUAAUGUCUUUGUGUGGAAAUGUGUACAUGCCUCACGCACUUGGCAGAAAUGUGUGAUCUUAAAUUAAUAAAGACCGUCCCUAUCCGC